ACCAUUAGGAGGGGAUUUAUCAUGAUUUCAAGUCCAGUAGAGUAGUGGGAAUGAUGAGAUAUAUGGUGUGAGGCAUCCUGAGCUGCUAUCAAUCAAUUACAAUUUCUUGAGGCACUCAAUCAAUAGCUAUUGGGGAAAACCCAAAAAAUGGUGUAGAGUGAAAAGGCAAAAAAAAAUGGUGUACAUUCUUUAACAAAUGGUGGGAAUGGAACUCAGAUCAUUACACUCACAAGUGGAACAGCAGCAAAUAGUUUUAGUAUUAGUAUUAGCACAAGACGGUGGAUUCAACUUGUUCUUUCUUCUUCAGACCUUGAAUACCCACUGUUUCGAUCCUUGCAGAUUGUUGAAAAUUUUCAAUUUCGAGCUUCCCCAAAUCUACCCACUUGGAUUUUUUGGGUCUGUUUUUGCAAUGAAUGGACUAGAGAUGAGAGGAUUCAGAGGCCCAAUGAAGCUGAUAAAUGAGGGCUCUGUUUCGGUUUCUGUUUCCGUGCCUGAACCAGCUAGGCCUCCAUGGACUGCAAUGUUUGCUGAUAACAGAAGUCAUAGACUUAAAUCUGAGCAGUUUUUGUCAUUUCCUGAUGAUUUAUAUGUGCAUCCCAGGCUUCCUGAUUUUCAAGCCCUCAAUUUUCCAUAUUCCUAUGGUGGUGGAAGGACAAAUCAUAACAAUAAUCAGAACAAUCAGUUUGGGGAUGUUUCUGAAAUAUGUGAGCAAAUGAGACUGUAUUCAUCGCAUUUGAAUGGGGGAGGUUCAUUGGUUUUAGAUAGUGCAAGAGGAGAGCUGGUGAAUGCUUCAAAAAUGAUGACUCCUAAAGAAAUAUUGGAAGCCAAGGCAGUGGCAGCUUCCAAGAGCCACAGUGAAGCGGAACGAAGAAGAAGAGAGAGAAUCAAUUCUCAUUUGGCUACCCUCAGAACGCUUCUCCCCAGUACUACUAAGACAGACAAAGCUUCACUCCUUGCAGAGGUGAUUGAUCAUGUAAAAGACUUAAAGAGGCGCGCCUCAGAAAUUGCCAAGGGAAAUCCUGUGCCAACAGAUGUGGAUGAACUGAGAGUGGAAGCAGAUGGAGAUGGCAAGAAUAAUGAAGGUAGGAUUCUUAUUAAGGCAUCUCUAUGCUGUGAUGAUAGGCCUGACCUUCUUGCUGAUUUGAACCGCACUCUUCACUCUCUGAGCCUAAAAACUGUUAAGGCAGAGAUUUCUACACUUGGUGGAAGGAUGAAAAAUGUGUUUAUCAUGACAACCACCAACGAGAAAAUCUCUGGGAAAGAUCAGGAAAACCCCUCUGUGAAUUGUGUGCAGGAAGCCCUGAGAGCUGUGAUUGAAAGAGCUGCCUCUAAUGAAUUGUUGGCUUCAAAUAAGAGGCAAAGAAUUAUUUCUUUGGAUCCAACAAACUCUCUUAUUUAAUCCAACCAAAUUGUGGUAUUCUACAAUUGAAAAUUUUGUGAAUAUCUUAAGCCACUGAGGAUUUGUUGACAGUAACAAUGGGUAUGGUAGCAAAUCAUGUUUUCAAGAUCACAAAAUUGUCUUCACCAAUGAAGGAUCUGGUGAUGGUAGGUCGAUAUAUCAGGUCAUAUUUUCAAGGAGAAAAGCAUUUACUGUUGUGAGGGUAUGAGUUUCUUUAUGCCUAGUAGGGCAUAACUUACAUUUUACCUUUUUAAUAUAGGGUUUGGGAGUUUGCAGUGUGCAUUGACCAUGCAGCUUCUGAACAAUAGCUAUAUACCCAUUUUGACUCAUUUCUUCAAUCUCUACAAGAUGAGGUUAAUUUAAGCUCAUCUACAGAUGCUCCAGGAAACAAGUAAUUUUGUAUACCAGCUUAUGUAUAGCAUGAUGGUGAUUAAUGAAUUAGCUACUAUGUUUCUUUGA